GUUUCCUCCGACACAUGAAGCAGCAAAAAAACAGAGAAGUUCAGAAACAAUGAACAGUCCUUCACAGGUCACCAAAGAGAGCAGCAGAGCCAUCAUAAUGGCCACGCCCUUCCUGUCCUGCAUUAACCUCUGUAUCAUCAUAUCUUUCACCACCGGCGUCGCCUUGCCAAAUACCGAGCCGCCGCUGAUCCAUGACCACCCCUUCGUGGCCAUUUGGAACGCCCCCACCGACCAGUGUCGAAGACUCCACAUUCCGCUGGACACCGAGGCCUUUCAGGCGGUGACCACGCCUGCUGACACGCCCGGUCAGUUCCUCACCAUCUUCUACCAGGACCACCUCGGCCUCUACCCAAUGGUCGACACCAUCAAGCGCAAGAUCUACCGAGGCGGGAUCCCCCAAAACGGCAACCUGACGGAGCAUCUGGCCAAGGCCCAGAGUCAGAUAGAUCACCACAUCUCCCAGGAUUCCUCUCCUGGGCUGGCUGUCAUCGACUGGGAGUCCUGGCGCCCCCUGUGGGAGCAGAACUGGGGAAUGAAGCGUAUUUAUCAGAGGCUGUCUAUCACUCACGCCCUGCAGGUGGCCCCCUUUUUAUCAUCAAAACAAAUUUACAAAUUGGCCAAGAGCCAGUUCCAGCACGCCAGUCGGCGCUUCAUGGAGAGGACCAUCAGCCUGGGCAACGGCGAGCGUCCGAGCCGCCGCUGGGGUUUCUACCUGUUCCCUGACUGCUUCAACUACGGCUGGGAGAAGCCCGGCUACACGGGGAAGUGCUCCAAGAAGACCCAGAAGCAGAAUAACCAGAUGCUGUGGCUGUGGGCGCGCAGCACCGCCCUCUUCCCCUCCAUCUACCUCCACCCGACUCUGAGGAACUCCCCCCGGGCCGCACUGUACGUCCGCAACCGUGUCCAGGAGGCGCUGAGGGUGGCGGCGCUGCCUAAACGUCCAUAUACAGUUCCAGUCUACGUCUACUCCAGGCCUCUGUACCGGGAUCAGACGCAGAAGUUCCAGAGUCUGAUGGACCUGGUGAGCACUGUCGGGGAGUCUGCAGCUCUGGGAGCUUCGGGGGUCGUGAUUUGGGGAGGAACCAGAGACUACAACAACAAGGCUGCCUGUCAGUCUCUGUCCGAGUACCUGUCGUCCACCUUCAACCCGUACAUCGCUAACGUGACGGCGGCCGCCAUGCUCUGCAGCGAGGUCCUGUGCCAGGGGAAGGGCCGCUGCGUCAGGAAGAUGUACGACUCCUCCCAUUACCUGCACCUUAACCCCGCCUACUUCAGCCUCCUGCGGGCCAACAGGAAGUACGUGGCGAUCGGUCUACCCUCCGCUACCGACCUCAACGCCUGGGCUGAAAACUUCACCUGUCAGUGCUACGCAGGGUCGAGGUGUUCCCCAAAUCUGGUGCAUCCGACCAAAAUCAAACUCAUCUGGGUUUAAUCAGAGAGGAAAGUAAAAUGUCUCCAGAGGUGUCCGCUGAUUAUGAUCUUCAUGUCAUUCAUGCAGUUAAAACAACAAUUUGUAAUUUCAUUAAACUCUGUCUAGAUUACUGCAGCCAUGUGUG